ACAGGCAAUGAAAUACUUAUUAGAUCCCUAACAAGAGACGCUGUCAAGAUGAUUGUGUUAUGGAUCACACUGCUUCUUCUUCAUCGAGGAUCUGCACUCAUUCCAGUAACUACAGUUCAGCUCGGGGGACCCGUCACCUUUACAUGUCUUCUGCCCAAGACUGAGACCAUCCGUAGAGAUGUCCACUGGUACAAGCAAAGCAUCGGGGACACUCUGAAAAUAAUCUGGACGCAGAAGGAAUCUGCAGCGCCUCAGCUGGCUCCUACAUUUAAUGACUCGAUAUGGAAGGUUAAAUAUGAUAAAAAUUUUUGCAAUCUGACCAUUUUGAGUACAAACCAAGAGGAUGAGGGAAUCUAUCACUGUGGGAUCACAGAGUGGCUCCAAGAUACCAAAUGGACUGGGACAUAUUUACUAGUAAAAGGAAACACGCAGACAUCAAAUUAUACUGUUGUUCAGGAGAAGACAGUCCCUUCAGGAGACUCGAUGAGUCUUCAGUGUUCACUUCUCGCUGAAUCUGACAAUAAGUCAUGUCCAGGAGGUCACCGUGUGUUCUGGUUCAGAGAAGGAAGUCAUACAUCUCAUCCUAGAAUCAUCUACAGUGAUUUGAACAGACACCAUGAAUGUGAGAACAGAUCUGAGUCCCAGCAGAGUUGUGUUUUUCACUUCUCUAAGAACAUUGACUCCUCUGAUGCUGGGACUUAUCACUGCGCUGUGGCCACAUGUGGGGAGAUAUUAUUUGGAAAUGGAACUACACUGGCUAUUCAAGAAAUCAGCAUGAGGUCACAGAGAGCCAUUACAGUUAUUUUUUUGCUUUGUGCUGUCUUGGUGAUAACUCUGAUUGUUAUAGCUGCCCUCAUUUACACAAUCAAGAAAAACAACAGUGAUCACUGCAAAGCUGCUGUUCUGCAGAAAAACUUUAGUGAUCCGAAAAGACAACAGAAUAAGCACACACGGAUGUAUUCUGCUGUUGUCUUUACCAUGAUGAAAGUUGACAGAAGCAAAAUAAAGGAUGCAAAGGCAGCAAAGUGGCAGAAGAUUAACAUGCCUGUCAAGGUUUUUGGGCUGGAUUAG